AAUUCCUCGGCCAAUCGUCAUUCAACCCUCCAGUCAAUUGAGCAAACUGCCAGUAAAACAACGGCCCUCACAAAUUCGGCUUCGGAUCCAGCAUUGCCUUUUCUUAUUGUCUACCGUUGCCACCCAGUUUGUUACAAAGUACGUCUAAUAAUAGUUGUGUGAGUUGGUCAUUGGAGCUUCAAGGCUGCAUUAUCAGAUAGGUCGAAACACAGCGCCUUAUAGCUUUGAGGCCCGGGAAUACCGGUAGUUGAAAUCUGAGGGCUCGAUCGUCAUUGUACUAGUACCGGACUUGUUCAGUUGGAUACCCCAUUGACGUCGUGUUACCAUGAGUGACUCUAUGCUUUCAAGCAUUUCCAAUCUGCUUCCCUUUGGUAUGGAUGGAACCUUCUUUCUCUUUGACGAUGAGUACCGGUCUCUUCCCAGUAUUUGGGUGUGGAUGGGUCUGUUGUUGGGAGGGUAUCUUUUAUCGGAACUUGUCUUUGUGUUGUGGGUCUACAAAGUGCGCCUACCAGAACUCAACAAACCCAAAGACCAUCCCAUUAUCCGAAAGUUUGAAGAUCCCAAUAUCAGACACAAGCUCUUUGAACGAAUGCUUCGUAGGCAAGAAGUUCUGUGUGAAGCCCUCGAUAUCGACAAAAAGCCCUACUUUGCCGAGUUUAUUCGAAACUGGUUCUUUCAUGGAGGCGAUCGAGAGGACUAUGACGCGGAAGAAGAAUUGGCAUGCAUCAAAGAGACGGGACUGCCCUGCAAAGCGGACAUUGAUAGUCUCAUUGCUUGGGGGUUCUUCCAAUGCAAAGCCAGCGAUUUGACCGAGGAAUGGCAACAACGAGAGCUGGCCAAAAUGUAUGCCAUGAUCAAGGAAACCUAUAAUAUGGAGCCGGGCCCAAAAACCAAACAACGAUUGAUUCCGGUCCAAAUGACCGUCGAAGACGUAGAUAUCCGAUACCGGCCAUUGUUCGUUUAUCUCAUGAACUAUAUUUGCCAAAUAUUCAUGGCGGGGCUCUUGUACUGGCAAGGAUUCUCCCAUUACACGACAUCGACGGGGCUUGGUUAUUGGUAUCGACCCGCGCCGCGACCAUCCGAACAACAACUGCAACCACUUCCAUUUGUCUUUUUUCAUGGCAUUGCUCCCGCGGGGGAAACCUUUUACGUUCCCAUGAUUACAGGUGGACUGGGUGCCGUCGAAGGCCUCGCCACCGAUGAAAAAGGGAACAUUGAUCGACCCAUCUUUUUGUUUCAGAACCCCGCCGUGGCCUUUAAUUUGACCAAUCACGCUCCCACAGAACAAGAAACCUGCGAUGGUGUCUGGGAAGCUGUCGAUAAGCACUUGGGUCCAACCGCCGAGGUAUCUCUGUCGGGACAUUCCUUUGGAACGUGCCUGGAAACCUACAUUUUACACUCGACGCAAGCACACCGUGUCCGUCAAAUGAUCAUGAUUGAUCCCGUCGCCAUUUGCUUGAGUGAUCCCGACGUGAUUACCAACUUUGUGUACGGCCGCAGUCAUCAUCGCGAUACCAAAUUGCACGACAGUGUCAUGGAACCCGGCGCCGCCAGUUGGGUCAUGAACGAACUCUUUAUCGAGCAUUUUUUGCGGCGGCAAUUUGCCUGGUACAAUGGAGAAUUAUUCUUGGAGGAUAUUCCCGAUCACUGCAAGCUGGUCGUGUGCCUCUCGGAUACCGAUGAGAUUUGCAAUGCUCAGAAAAUCAAGGCACAUUUGGAUAUCUACAAUGGCAACACUCCCAAUGUGCCCCGGUGCAUGAAGCAUUUAAGAAAGCAAGACAAGAGUAGUAUUCCAACAACGACGCCUCUGUCAUCCCAUCCAUCCAACGCGUCAUCGACAGGGUCGCUGGGGGAGAGUGCGAACAGACAAAAGAUUGACGUGAUCUAUUGGGAGGGUGAGGGUAUUGAUCAUGGAUCUUGUCUGUUCAAUCCUUCGACAUGGCGUCAGAUUCGCCGAAUGAUGCGCAAACAAGAAUUGCAGAUCUUCAAGGAAAAGUCAUUGUAGUAGGAUGGAUGAACGAUGGGAAAAGUUUCUUGACGAGACAUGUAUGUUAAAAAAAGACAGAAGAUGAGACCACGUUCAAGCCGCUUCACCUUUUCUUCUUUCUGGCCAAGUGCAGACAAUCUUCAUAUAUAUUAUCACAACUUCAGUUCGCUGUCGAUCCACGGCACACCAAAAGGUUACAGGUGCCUAUCCUGCAAGCGUAUCGACCAACUAGCUUAUUAGAUACAUAACAAUAUUAGAACCAUAUUUCGUGC